UUUUACUUUCCCCUUCCAUUUCUUUUUGACAUCUUCACAGUAUACCUAGCAAAAUAUUAAAAAAAUAUCUUCAAAAGAAUUCUCUUCUCCAAUCCUGCUGUUUCCGAAAAAAAAAAAAAGAUUUUUGUUGUCAAUCUUUCAAGCACCUGCUAUCAGUCCGUGCCGUGGUAGUUGUUGUUCUUGCAUGUGUUCAGCCAUCUCGACUUUGGUAUUGUUGCUUGUCAAAAAUUUGUCACGUGGACUAUUUUUAGAUUAACUUUAUUCCAUAUUUGUUAUGAGCUCAUAUUGGAAAAGAUAGCUAGUAGGAGGUUUUUCUUUGAUGAUUUUAUUCAAAGGCUAUCACACUUCGCAUUUUGCUGAUUGACAUACCAAAGAGAAGGUUACCUGGAAAUGGAGAUCAUAACAGCGUCUCAAAAUUCAAAUACCCACAAGGAGAAUGAAUCGCUAUCAAGUAAAAUGGCCGAGCUUGAGAAGGAGAAAGAAGCUGCAUUGAGCAAGAUAAGUCAGCUUGAGAGGGAAGGAGAAUCUGCACUUAGUAAGAUAGUUGCAGUAAAGAAGAAAAAACAAGCUGCAUUGUUUAAGAUAUACGAACUUGAGAAAGAGAAAGAACGUACAGUGAAUAAGGUGGCUUUGCUUGAGAGAGAGGGAAAAGCUGCAUUCAGUAAGAUAGCUGUCCUUGAGACGGAGAAACAAGCUGCAUCAAGUAAGAUAGAGGAGCUCGAAAAGGAGAAAGAAGAUGCGGCCAGGAAGAUAGGUUUGCUUGAGAAGGAGCUAGAAGCUAAGGAAGAGAAAUUUGGAUUGUACACAAAUGCUCAACUUCAAAAGGAGGUGGAGCUAAGAACCAAGUUUGAGGUAUUCAAAAGGCAUACAAAUGCUGAGCGUGAGAUAGAGAAAGAUGCUGCAAUGAGUAAGAUAGCUAUGCUUGAGACGGAGCUCGAAAUUAAGGAAGUUAGAGCAUAUAAGCAAGCUAUAAGAGCUUUAAGGGAGAUCCAAGUUGAAGAUAAAGAACCCAGGGAAAAGAUGAAAGAGUUGACCAUAACUAUGCAAAAACUCACUGAGGAAAGAAACUAUUGGGAAACUUUAGCUAAGGGCAAAGAAAGCGAGACUGCUGAGCUAGUAGAAGCUCGAAAAGAGAUAAUCAGAGUUCUUUCUGACCAUUACUCACCUAUACCGGGCAAAAUCAUGACUUACAAGCUUUGGAAUAGCAAGGAAGACAGGAAAGCUACUCUAUCAGAAGCCAUUUGUUUAAUGGGGGAAAAACUGAAGGAGGCAAAGAUCAAAGAUACAGGAUUUGUCAAGGUGGAUCAAUUGAAGCCAGGAACAAAGGACAUCAAUCUAAUUGUCAAGGUCCUAAACACUAACGUGGUGGUUGACAAGAACCAAAACAACAGGAAAAGUUCCGGCCGCCACACAUGUUCUCAACCGCGAAUCACACGCGUAGCUGAGAGCCUUGUUGGAGAUGAAACAGGAAGUAUCACAUUCACUGCUCGUAAUGAACAAGUUGACUUGAUGGAGCCUGGUAGCAUCCUCCUCCUUUAUGGUGCAGAAAUCCAAAUGUAUCGAGGUUCCAUGAGGUUAGCUGUAGAGCGUAGUGUACAAAUCAUAAUCGCAGAACCUGUGGAAUUUGUUGUAUGUGAGGAUAACAAUAUGUCUUUAACUGAGUAUGAGUUAGUAGAUGUUGAAGAUUGAGAAAGAGUUCCACCUUAGACCUACAGGAGGAUGGCUCUACCUUAAGAAUACCUUGGUGUAUGUUAUUGGAUUUUCUUGGCACAGAGCUCACUGUAUCAGCUGAUUGCCGACAAGGCUAUUAGCCUGUAGUGCUUCAAUGAUAAAGCUUCGAAUUUUGCAUGC